CGCGGAGUAUGACCCCCUCCCACUGCCAAUCUUCAAGAAUCCGGGGUCUUUCGUUUGGUGCGCCGCAUUGGGAAUAGUCAGUGCUGGCUGUUUUACCCAAUCUGGAAAGGCCUCAGGCAGAGACCAAGUCCUCCUUCAACGUGGUGCAGAUCUCCCCAAACAUGCCUUUCGCAGACGAUGAAGAGUUGUCUAUAGAGUAUUAUCCCCUGCAGUGUGACCGGAGAAGAUUCCGAAACCUCCGAAAGCGACACGGCAUUCAAAAUUCGUUGCUCUUUCAGUUGUCCACGUACGAGUGUGUACUGCUUGCUGCUCAAGACAACCCUACGCAAGGGGUAUGGAUGCUCCUGGUCACAAGGAUGCUAUUGAAAAACGAAACUAUAUAUACCCCAGAAUUAUCUCAUAUACUAGAGAAACAUGACACAGGCUUUGGCUCUUGGCAUUAUAUUUCCAAAUGCUGUUUACUUGGAUAAUUUUCAUCACCGGCGUGAUCGCUGCGGAGUAUGACUAUGUCAUCGUCGGAGGCGGCACGAGUGGGCUAGCGGUAGCCAACAGAUUAUCAGAAGAUUCCAAUGUAUCUGUUCUUGUUAUCGAGGCGGGAGACUCUGUCUAUGACAAUCCAAAUGUGACCGAUAUUAGCCGUCUCGGACUGACAUACGACAGCCCUCUCGACUGGGCCUUUCAAACCACCGAGCAAACCUUUGGCGGACGCCAGCAGGUAAUGCGUGCUGGAAAGGCUCUGGGAGGAACCAGUGUUAUGAAUGGAGGGGCUUAUGCACGCGCAGAGCCAUCGCAACUAGAUGCCUUCAAGAGAUUUGGGAUAGAUGAAUGGUCAUGGAAGAGUCUUUAUCCGUUUUAUCUUAAAAGUGAGAGCUUCCAUGCACCGGACCAGGGACAAAUUGAUGCGGGUGCCACAUUUGUCCCUCGCUAUCAUGGUUUUCGUGGACCGGUCAGUGUUGGCUUCAGGCCGAUGUCCAAGGGGGAAAAUGACCUAACAUCGGCAAUGAAUCGGACCUUGGCUAGUAUGGGCCUGCCUUGGAACUCAGAUCUGAAUUCAGGAGACAUGCGAGGGUUCACGCUUCAUCCGUACACUGUUGAUCCAGAUGAUAUCCGCAGUGAUGCGGCACGUGCGUAUUACUGGCCAAACAAAAACCGGACAAACCUCCACGUGAAGCUGAAUACCUUCGCGACUCGACUUGUCUGGUCGGAUAAGGACGAAGAAGCCGAAAUUAGAGCAGAGGGGGUUGAAGUUCAUGAGACGAAACAUGGAAAACGAGAUGUCAUUACUGCCCGGAAGGAGGUUAUUCUGGCAGCUGGUGCUAUGCGGUCGCCUGUUAUUCUAGAGCUCUCCGGUGUAGGGAGCCCAAGGAUCCUUGAGAAACACGGAAUUCCCGUGCGCAUUGACUUGCCCAGCGUCGGCGAGAACCUGCAGGACCAACUCAAUACAUCGAUUGUGGUAUCGACAAAGACCCCAGUAACGGGAACCAGAACAGUUGCUUUUGCUUCAGUCGAGGAUGUAUUUGGGUCGUCCGCCGAAUCUGUCGCCAAAUCUAUUCGCUCUCAGUUAUCUCAGUACGCAAAGGCUGUGGCGCAAGAAAGCAACGGAUCCAUGAAAGAAGAAGAUCUACAAAGGCUGUUUGAGAUACAGCAUGAUCUGAUAUUCUUGGACAAGAUUCCGGCGGCCGAGUUUGUUUUCAUUCGACAGGGUACUCACACGCUUCACACAGGAUACUGGGGUCUUCUUCCCUUUGCACGGGGUAACGUGCACAUCUCAUCCUCGGAUCCGUUAUCACCACCAACGGUAAAUCCGAACUUCGGGAUGCUCGACUGGGACGUUCAGAUCCAAAUUGGCAUGUCGAAGUUCCUUCGCCGCAUGUUUCAAACGGGCGAGUUGAAGGAAAUCAUUGACAAUGAGACCUUACCGGGCUUGGACGAUGUGCCCGAGGACGCAACCGAUGAAGAGUGGACAAGGUGGAUUGGCGAGCAAUAUACCCCGAAUUAUCAUGCUAUCGGGACUACUUCUAUGCUGCCCCGCGAAAUGGGUGGUGUGGUGGAUGCUCGACUCAAAGUCUACGGAACUUCAAAUGUUCGGGUGGUCGACGCUUCCAUCCAACCCCUGCAGCUCUGUGGCCAUCCAGUAGCUAAUCUGUAUGGCAUUGCGGAGUGGGUUGCCGAAAGGAUCAAGGAAGACCACUCAGUCAGUCAUGGCUUGUAGGAUCAAUACCGUGGAUGGGUACUGAUGUUGGGCGAAAAGCCUGGUCCUCGUCAAGAAUUGGGAUGUCCGUCUACUCUACACCAAAGACAG